GUCAUUGGGCGACCUCGCUCCGUGCCAUGAUGGCCGCCGGCACAUUCGGCCAAUGAGCGCUGCGCGGGCCGAACGCGCGUCCGUCCAGCGACAGCGCGACGUUGCCAGCUUUACCGUGAAAAAAUAUCAGAUUCGACCUUCUUAGGACCCCCGUUUUUUUUUUGUUUUGUGUGGUGGUGUUAUCGUUCGUGCUUAGGAUACCCAGUGAUGUGUAGGAGGUGCAGUGUUGUGUGUUGAUAUGGUGUGGUCAUCGCCUUCGGGGGAGGUCUUGAUCGAGUUCUCAAGGCCCGGGCAGUCUGAUCACGGGCACGGCGCGCUGGCGUUCGGCGGGAAGCCGGCCGCGGGGGCGGUGGUGCAGCCCCGCGCCCCCGCGGCGCCCUACCCCCCGCAGUACCCCGCACUGCGACUCCACCAGCCCGGAUAUGGGUCGGCUGCGCUCUCCUUUAGUUCCAGGGACAGCACCUACCGCGGCGGCGGCGCUGUCGGCGAAUACCGCGCGGGCAACCGCAUGUCAUUACUGGGCACCGCUUACCUCCCCCCGCCCGCGCCGCCCGCGCACCACCCCCCGCCCGCGGACCCACCGCCCUUCAAGAAGAUCCGCCUCACCGCCGAGCGUCACCAGCCGCUCAGGGUCGAUACUAGGGAACCGGUGAAUAGUUACGGGGCGGUGGAGGUGCUAUCUCCCAACCCCCCUUCCGAGCCCACGGUGGAGGAGCAGAGCUUCCGAACCACCAAGGAUGAGCUCAUACAGCAGAUCUCAAAGGUGGACCGAGAGAUGGCGCUGUCAGAAGCGAUGCUGGCGAAGCUUAAGAAGAAGCAGGAGGAGCUGGAGCAGACCGCCACCAAGCCUGCGGCCGCUGCCGAGCCGGAGGAGGCGCCACCGCGGCAUCGGAGUCUCGCGCAGAACAUAUACGCGGAGAAUCGGAAAAAGGCGGCGUCAGCUCAUGCAGUUCUAGCCCAUCUGGGUCCACCAGUGUUAUACCCGCUAUACAACCAGCCCCAGGACACCGAGGUGUACCACGAGAACAUCCGCAAGCAUCGUGGCUUCAAGAAACGGCUCGUCGAACAUGUUCGGCGGCUACGGCUGGAAGCUGAGAAGAGAGAAGACGCGUUAGCAGAAGAGUACAGUAAGCGGGCAGUGGAGUGGGCGAGAAGGGUGGAGAGGAUAGAGCAGGGGCAGAAGAGGAAAGCGAAGGAUGCGAGAAAUAGAGAGUUCUUCGAAAAGGUGUUCCCCGAGCUCCGGAAGCAGCGCGAGGAGCGCGAGCGCUUCAACCGGCUGGGCGCGCGCGUGAAGUCGGAGGCCGAGCUGGAGGAGAUCGCGGACGGGCUGCACGAGCAGGAGCACGAGCUCAAGAAGAUGCGCUCGCUCACCGUCGUGCCCCCGCUGCUGCGGGACCCGAGGGAUCCCGCCCCGGUUUAUAAGGAUACUAAUCGGCGGUGUAUGGAUAUGGAGGCGGAACACAAGGAGCUUGAGCAUAAAAACGUUUGGACGACGCCAGAGCGGGACCUUUUCAAGGAGAAAUACCUCCAGCACCCCAAGAACUUCGUCCAGAUAGCCUCGUUCCUGCCUAGAAAGAGCGUCGGGGACUGUGUCAGAUUUUACUACCUGUCGAAGAAAAGAGAGAACUACAAGCAGCUGCUGCGGAAGCCGCGGCAGCGGCGCACGGCGCGGGGCAACCCGCCGCGCCCGGCGCCCGAGCCCGAGCUGCCCGCCGGCGUCGUCACGAGGCUGCAGCGCUCGCAGGGCACAGUGGCGCGACCAGUGGACAAGGAGCCAAGCAUAGAAGAACAACAGGCGUUAGGGCAGGACGCGAGUUUAAUACCCGCGCAGCCCGCCGCGGCGCCACUACAGCCUGCCCCCACGGAAAUAACCCGCACGCCGCCCUUACCCCCAUCGCCGCCGCCGGCGUCGUCGGCGCCCCCCGCGCCGGCCACGGCCGCGGCGGGCGGCGCCGUGCCCGCCGGCAGCCCCGCGCCGCCGACGCCGACGCCGCCGUCGCAGCCUGACCACACGCAAACGACCUCAACGCCCCCAACAACGUUAACAACAACGACGACAUCCUCGCCCGCGCCCUCACCAACCGUGACGGUGACGCCGGCGCCCACGCCGCCGCCGACGGUCGCGCCGACGCCGCCCGCCGCGCCGCAGACGCCGCAACCGGCGCAACCGCCGACGCCGACGCCGACACAGCCAGCGGCGACGCCGGAGACAGCCGUGAUCGAGCGCAUCAGCACGCCCUCAACGCCGGCCGCGGCGCCGACGCCGACACCAACGCCCACGCCGGCGGCGUGCGCCGUUUGCGGCGCCCCCGGCGCGACGCGCGCUGUGUCGCGGUCCCGAGCGCUGUUCUACGGGCUGCGGGAGGACGCGGCGGGCAGUCGGGUGUGCGACGCUUGCCACACGAGGUGCGUCCGCUGCAGGUACACUUGGUGUCCAUCGUGCCACGGGCCGAAGGUGCGCGCGAAGCGACUGCGGCACCUGCCGCCCAAGUGGCACGACCUCUCGCCUGAAGUCAAGAAACCUCUUCUUGACGAAUGGAACAUCCCAAGCGACCUCAGCAAAUGCUGUCUCAGCUGCUUCAAGAAAAUCACUCGCUGGCUCGAAACGGUCGGCGAGCACCCAACCCCGGACCCGACCGAAGAAGAAGCGUCCAGAUUCAGAACCCUACUCCGAGAACACGGGACGUCCUGGGAAAAGAUGGCGGCCGGCAGUGGGAAGACCCCGGCUAGUUUUAAGGCGUUCUACUUCACGUACCGGAAGAAACUGCAGCUAGACGCGUUGGUGGCGGAGCGGCCGCCGCCGAAGGGCAGCGAUACGGAUGAUAGCGUCCUCAGCUCCGGAGACACGGACACGGCGAGCGCGGAGAGCCCGCGGCCGCCGCCGCCGCCCGAGCCGGCGCCGGCGCGGCCGCGGCGCGACGAGUACGACUCCAGCGCCACGGAGACGGCCGACGAGGAGAACGACGCGCCGCAGGCUAAGGUUGGUACUAAACACUGUACACGUGUCGGACAGCGUGCUCGGCUCCGGAGACACGGACACGGCGAGCGCGGAGAGCCCGCGGCCGCAACCGCCGCCCGAGCCGGCGCCGGCGCGGCCGCGGCGCGACGAGUACGACUCCAGCGCCACGGAGACGGCCGACGAGGAGAACGACGCGCCGCAGACACGGACACGGCGAGCGCGGAGAGCCCGCGGCCGCCGCCGCCGCCCGAGCCGGCGCCGGCGCGGCCGCGGCGCGACGAGUACGACUCCAGCGCCACGGAGACGGCCGACGAGGAGAACGACGCGCCCGUGCUCGGCUCCGGAGACACGGACACGGCGAGCGCGGAGAGCCCGCGGCCGCCGCCGCCGCCCGAGCCGGCGCCGGCGCGGCCGCGGCGCGACGAGUACGACUCCAGCGCCACGGAGACGGCCGACGAGGAGAACGACGCGCCGCAGGCUAAGACACGGACACGGCGAGCGCGGAGAGCCCGCGGCCGCAACCGCCGCCCGAGCCGGCGCCGGCGCGGCCGCGGCGCGACGAGUACGACUCCAGCGCCACGGAGACGGCCGACGAGGAGAACGACGCGCCGCAGGCUAAGGUUGGUACUAAACACUGUACACGUGUCGGACAGCGUGCUCGGCUCCGGAGACACGGACACGGCGAGCGCGGAGAGCCCGCGGCCGCAACCGCCGCCCGAGCCGGCGCCGGCGCGGCCGCGGCGCGACGAGUACGACUCCAGCGCCACGGAGACGGCCGACGAGGAGAACGACGCGCCGCAGGCUAAGCAGGUCCCCCCGGCCGCGGCGCCGGCGCUGCUCCGCAACGGGCCGGGGGCGCCGCCCCUCACCGUCCGGGACGUCGUGCUCAACAUGAUCGAGAUCAGCCUGCUGAAGAACAACCAGCCCGUCCCGCCCAGCGUUAAACCCAAGGUGACAACAGGGCUCGCGCCGCGCGAGUCGCUGGCGACGCUGAGCGUGGUGAACAGCGGCCACGUGAGCGCGCCGCCGCGCUCGCCCAACCGCCCCGCCACCAUCACCCCGCUGCAGCCCGACGCGGCCAAGGACGGCGUGGUGGUGCUGCACAUCGAGCCGCGCGACCAGCGCGACCAGCGCGACCAGCGCGACCAGCGCGAGCGCCCCGAGCCGUUGCUCGACCUCAGCGUCAAGAAGCCGAGGCACGACCACGCCUUCCCUCAGCCGGGGAAAACGGUAUCAAUAUCCCAACCGCAAUACCGCAACUCCGACUUCCAGCAACAGUACCGUCCUCUAGAGCGCGAGUCCCCCACGCUCUACAACUCGAAACCGAAACCCGUCGCCGCCCCGCGCCCGACCUUGAAACCCGCGCCGAACCCCAAGGGUUCCAUAACCUUGGGGACCCCGCUGGAGGCCCGCUACGAGCCGCGCCGGACCCCGCCGGACACCAAGCCGGGGUCCAUAACGGCCGGCACGCCGGUGCACGGCACGCACGGACACCACCUGCCGGACAAGCAGCGGUUCCAUGAGAUGUACAAUAAGAGGAAGAGUCCUGGUGGGGCCUAUUAUCCUGGGGCGCAGAAUGCGCAGAGGCCGCAGAGUCCGCAGUCUUUCUCACCGAACGCAGCCUUCGGCCGUUACUCGGGCAUGGACCAGCGUCAGAUCAUCAUGGCGGACUUCAUCACCUCGAAGCAGAUGCCAGGCGGGGCGAGAAGAGAACGCGAGCGACCCGCUUCGCCUUACUCGCAGCCUUCUGUUAUUAGACAUUCCUACCACGUGCACCCGCCCCCUCCACCAGGUCACGAAGCGUUCACGUCGUUGGUUGACGCGGCGGUGUCGGCGUCGGCGCUGCCGGUCCCUCGCGGGCAGGCGCCCGACGCCAAGCCCGACGCCAAGCACGACAUGAGGCUACACGAGAAGAUGCAACGCGAGCGCGACAUGGGCAUCGUGCACAAGUACCACCACCCGCAGCAUCCACACCAUCCGCAGCACAUGCAGUACCAGUCGGUUAUGGACCGCGAGAGGAGAGGAAUGCAAGCGCAACUACUAGAAAGAGACAGACAGCUGGCCUUACAAAGCCGAGAAAGGGAACGCGCGAUAGCAGCGAUGCACGAGCGAGAGAGACAUAUGGCGAUAGAGCAGCAACACCAGCAACAGCAGCAGAUGAUGAGCGAGAGGCAGAACAUGAUACAGCAGCAGCAGCAACAACAACAACAGCAGCAACAACACCAGCAGCAACAACACCAACAGCAACAACACCAACAGCAACAACACCAACAGCAACAACACCAACAGCAACAACACCAACAGCAACAACAGCAGCAGCAACAGGCACAACAGCAACAACAACAGCAGCAGCAGCCACCGCAGCAGCCAGCCAGCUCCAACGCGGACGGCGAGAGAAGGUUGCUGCAGCCGUACAAGCAGCAACCACCGCACCACCGGCAUCCUGCCUCGCCGCACCUUGAAACUUGGAAGGAGACUCGGCCUGCGCCGGCGCCGGCCGCCCCCGCGGCGCGCACGGAGGGCACGCUGACGGCCGCGUCGCUCAUCGACGCCAUCAUCACGCACCAGAUCAGCCAGGCCGCCACCGACCAGCGCUUCCCUCCCACGAUAAUUCGCGAGUGUUCACCGACGCUACGCGAAGAACGACAGUCUCCACCUCGGGAGGAGCCUCCGGCGCACACGGCCAGCAUCAAGCUCGGGGACCUCGCGUCCAACAUCAUUACUCGCGAUUUCUGCAGCCCCACACAACCACCCCAUCAUCAGAAUAGCCGAUACAACGUAGGUGCGCCGGUGUCGGAGUACGCGGGCGAGGAGUGGAAGCGACGCGACGCGCCCAAACACGCGCCCUACCUCGAGCCCGUCAGCCCGCCCGACAACCACCACCCCAACAGAGCGAACAGCACUCGGCGUUUCUCCGGCUGCAACUCCUCAACUAUGUUGACACCGUUCGACUACGUCACCAACCGCAUCGUCGAGGUCAUGCGCAGCGACGCCGACGAGCGUAAACCGGCGCUGGCGUUCCCCGCUACCGCUUAUGCGUAUCCUUACUCCGCGCUAAACGUGCCUGCGACUACGGCGGGACCAGUUUCGAGUGCUCCUUCUACUAGUGACGGUCCGGGUCCGGCGGCGGCGGCGGCGGUGACGUCGAUGGCGCCGACGCCGGGCGCGCCGGCGCCGCCCGAGCCCGCGCCGCUCAUGUCGGCGCGCUACGAGCCGCUCUCCGACGAGGACUGACGGCGCCUGCGCGCCCCGCCCCCGCCCCCGCCCCCGCCCCCGCCCACACUCACCCGCGCCGUCUGCUGAGCGCGCCCGCCCCGCCCACACCGGCCACACCGCCCACACAGGCGAGCAUGCAGGCCCAGACUCUCCUGAGACACGCUUUCGACGCACCGUCGGAAAAUGGCCCGGCCGACCGAAUGGCCAAUGGAGAAAUUAAACAACAUCAGGGUUGGAAGUGGCUAUUGAGUCCGCGACGAGGCCGAAAGUCCCUCCUCCGCUCCAUAACGGCGUCUGUUUAGCGACCAUGUCGAGGCCAAAGGCCACUUAUAUACAGAUAGAGUGAUGUCUGUCAAGUUCACAAUGAAAUCGGAGGAAGAAAUCGACUAAUGAAGAUGUAGAAAAUAGUGAAGAUUUCUGUAAAACUAUAGUAUUGGCUUCAGGCUUAAGUUAAAAGCGAACCGACCAUCUGCUGUAUAAACAAAAACCUGAUACGGAAGCUACUGUAAAACGCGGCAUAAAACUUGUUGAAACACUAUUUGAAUUUUUGCUUGUGAAUAAAAAUGAUUUGAGUGAACCUCACACCAAUUUGAACGAAACAGAACUAAGGGUAUAAUUCCACCUAUCGAUUUUUUUUGUCCAAUGUGCAUUUUAUCUCAUUCUGCCAUUAAGCAAAAUGCGAGACGCAAAUACACAUUGGACCAAGAUAUUGAACAGAUGGAACACGACCCAAAGCUCUAGAUAAAAAAAAUCAAAACCAGACAGUGGUUUAUGUGAUGCUGAUAAAAAUUUCACAAAGUAGAGCUUAAUUACAGUCCUACGGAAGAAUCUUAAAUACUCAGAUUUUUAACUUAAGGACUGAACGGAUGGACUUAAGGAAUGAAACUAUGGACGUUAAACUGACAGCCGUCCGAAGUAACAUAGAAAAAGAUUUUAAACUUUGACUACGCCAACCGGCUUGGCUUAAUGUAAGAUAGAAUAUGCUUCGAGCGUCACGGACGUUAAGUGACAGACUUUGUGAGUGUUAUGGACAAGUGUAAAUUUUAAAGUGUUAGGCGAUUAAAGCAGGGAAUAUAUAUCGAGUUGUGGCAAGCUUUAAGUGUACGAGGAAUCUGUGGACGCUUCUAUAGUGUAUAUUAUAUUUAUUACGUUUUGUCCAUCGCUAGGGGCUUUGAAAUUUUGUUGGUUAUGUUCGAUACGAAUCGGUGUAAUGUAAAGUUAGGUGCCCCGGCGUCAAUGCCACUCCGUCUGUGGCACGAGAUACAGCGGACCUGCGCUCCUACACCGCCGCUCCAAUUGUAUAUUUUAUAUUUAAAAAGCUAUAAUAUCGCUUGAUUUUCAUCAUAGACAAGGAAAGGAACAAACGAAGAGGUACAAAAUGUAGGAAUGUAUUCGACAGCUGACCUAAAUGAUGCUGUGCGGUUGGUAUUAUGGGAUAAUUAGAUUGUAAACUGUUAAGUUUCGAAAUACUAACUAGUAUAGCGUCAUGUAGAGUUAGCUGUCAAUAUUGUACAUCAAUAUGUGCAUACUCAUUCCUUGUCUAUGCUUUUUGCUAAAGUUAAUUUUAACACCAGUUUGGUGUCAUUAUAGCUUAUAGUGACUGACCAAUAUUAAAUGUUACUGCGGAUAACUAAGGUGUAAUAUCGGUCAGGUCGCAGGCGGCGGUGCAGGAGGCCCGGGCCGCGCCCAGGUCUUCCGUCGCCGGUCGCUGGUCGCCGGUGUCCGCGGGCGACCGGCGACCAGCGUGUACCGACUGGUGUACAUGUCCGUGGGCGACCGGCGACCACCGUGUACCGACUGGUGUACAUGGCCGUGGGCGACCGGCGACCACCGUGUACCGACUGGUGUACAUGUCCGUGGGCGACCGGCGACCACCGUGUACCGACUGGUGUACAUGGCCGUGGGCGACCGGCGACCACCGUGUACCGACUGGUGUACAUGUCCGUGGGCGACCGGCGACCACCGUGUACCGACCGGUGUACAUGUACGCGCAGAUUCCUCGCCGCUCCGGCCCUAGGGGCUCCCUGUACAUAGCACCCGUAUAGCGCGGCGCCGGCCCAAUAUACGUUUAUAAAUAUUAGUACACGGUAAUCGGUAUAAACACGUCAUCAUGUAUACAUUCUGUGCAUUUGUAAUUAUACUUAGGUAAGGUACGAUAGAGAUUUGUUUUCGUUAGCUAGGUCCGGCCCCCGCGGCCACAUGCGGGGCCCCGCCGCCCGCGCCGGCCACCCGCGUGUGCACCCGCUGCCCGCGCCCGCACCGCCCGGCGGACCUGCUCGCCAGCUCUGGCCGACAUCUUUUCUAUACUAUAUUACAGAUCUCCAUGAACCUCGCUCGCGAUAUCUUACAUUUAAGCAAAGUGAAUUUGAAACAGGGGUGGAUUAUCGGAGAAAACCUUAUAGCCACAGUAAAUUUACUGCCAUCUUUCGACACAUGACUUAAAUUUUAACACGUUCACUGUCCGUGCGCCGUAUAUGGGUCACGGCAAGCCUCUAUUACAAAGUCGUAAGGUUAACAAUUCAGUUUGGGACAGCGUUCUAAAAGUUGUAAUCAUGUGUCGAAAGAUGGCAGUAAAUUUACUAUGGCUACAAAAUUUUCUUUGACAAUCAACCUCCAUUUCAAAUGAUCUUUGAACUAAGCUAAAGUUAGUACAUCUAACGGGUUUUAAACGUGACGCGAGCUGGUCGAAUUUCAUUGGCAAUAGAAGGGAUGCACGACCAGUUGGCAGUAGGUCCGCGAGGGUCGAGCUCUCGGAGUCGGCAUCUGUUUUUAAAAGUGUCGCUUUGAGAGCCCCGGGACGCGACGACAGCAUAAAUCAAACCGAGCCCGUCGGAUGCCGCCACCAUUUAUUAUAAUUUAUACAUUAUUUUUGCAAUUUAUAAAUCGAUUACAUAUACAUUUUUUACAAAUCCUGUUAUUUCAGUAAGAGUUAACGUUUGUUUUUUAACCAAGGCACUAUAGAAACACUUCUAAUAUUAACAAGACUAUGGGUAAAUAUCGACUUGAAAUUGACUCGUUUACACUUUAUAAUUUUAGACAGACAGAAUCAAAUCAGUUUUACGUCGAGGAUGAAUGGAAGACCUGAUGAGAGGUCGAGUGUUAUUGUUUUGUAUGUUAUUGUAUACUAGGGUUUAUUUGUAUAUAAGCGAGGUGGCGGGCCCGAGGGCCGGCGUGUUGUAAAUGUUUUAUAUUAUGUAAAAACGACUGAUUAUAUUAAAGUUCUGUUGGCGCCGGGCGGGCGCCGCGGCGCGCCCUGUCAUUGUGAUUUCUUUAUAAAUUGUAAUAUUAAUAAUGUAAUUUAAGUAGCCGAAAGAAAAGAUAAUCCUUGUAAGUCCGAGUAAAGCGAAAACAAAGUUUUGGAGGACUCAAUCAAUAAAUAUGAUGCAAAUCGA